UUUUGUUUGGACCAAUGAAAAUGCGACUAUGCAGGAUGCUUACCUUGAUUGGGCGAAGCUGAGCUGUGAUGUCACACAGAAGACGUACCAACCACCAGAAACCUGUACUGAGCCUCAUUUGCAUAAACCCUUGUCCUUAAAAAGGUGCGUUUCGGCUUUCACUUCUUUAGUGGUUCUGUGACUGCAGUACUUCACCAUGCCUGAGCCAGCGAAGUCCGCUCCUGCUCCGAAGAAGGGCUCCAAGAAGGCGGUGACCAAAGCGCAGAAGAAGGACGGCAAGAAGCGCAAGCGCAGCCGCAAGGAGAGCUACUCCGUGUAUGUGUACAAGGUGCUGAAACAGGUCCACCCGGACACCGGCAUCUCGUCUAAGGCCAUGGGCAUCAUGAACUCCUUCGUCAACGACAUCUUCGAGCGCAUCGCGGGCGAGGCGUCGCGCUUGGCUCAUUACAACAAGCGCUCGACCAUCACAUCCAGGGAGAUCCAGACGGCCGUGCGCCUGCUGCUGCCCGGGGAGCUGGCCAAACACGCGGUGUCCGAGGGCACCAAGGCCGUCACCAAGUAUACCAGCUCCAAGUGAGCCACUGCCUGCAGUGUAACUAGAUUUCUUCACCCAAAGGCUCUUUUCAGAGCCACUUACUUUUUCCAUAAAAGGGGCCUGUUAACUGCUGUUUCUCAAUUUGCAAGUUUAACCUAGGUAAGUUUCCUGGUAGACAGGUUGUUUUGUUCUUACAAUAUAGUAAUAUUUUCUCUAA